AUGGAAACAUUAGCUGGAGUGUUAAAUGCUCUCAUAAAUACUACAAUAAACAAGGAUAACGAAGAAAAUUUAAUGAAUGUUAAACUUAUUGCAGGAGUUUUGAAGUUCGGUUAUGUGAAGGAGUUUAAGAUACCAAGAAUGAGUCAUAGAGUACAACUUCUUUUGGGUGCAUACCAUAUGACAUUUCCUUUGAAAAGUGUUGACAAAACGAUUGAGAUGAAAUCUGUUCCAUACGUAUGUUAUGGCAACUGUUUGUACAUUGAGUCAAAAAUAGCUAAUGUCACAGGUAUUUCAGGAGUUAAUAGUAAAGGUUCAGUAGAAUAUAAAUCCUUCUGUUAUGCAGUCAAUUCAAUGUUCAUUCCAAACGUUCCUGUCAUAGCAACUCAUUUAGGUAAAUGGGUUCGCAUUAGUCCUCAUAAUUUGAAAGACAUGCAAUUCAGACUUGUUGACUUUCAAGGAGAGCCUGUAGAACUGAAGGCACCAGUGCGAAUGACUGUUGAAGUUGACUUUUUAGAAAAUAUUAAAUGCAACAGCUUACAAGAGAACUCAGAGCUAAAAAUAUAA